GAGGAUGGCAUGCUUCAGAAGGGCAUCACCAGCACUUAUGGAGAUCCUGAACAAAUUGGACAGUGUGGAAAAACCAACAGAUACAGAUCACAACUUAUAUGAAUUUGGGUCAGUGCGGUACCAUGUUCAGGCUUCAGCAUCUGAUCCCGAAAUUAUAUACUUGUCCAUAUCUACGCCACCAUUGUCUCCAGAAGUUUUGCUUCGAAAUGGUCUUCCUGAUUGCACCCUACAGGAUGUUAGAAGAGGGUACUGUGAUAUUGCAGAUAUUGUUGAACCUCCAAAAGAAGGUUUUGUACUUACUCUCAGACUCGACUUUGCAAAACUUCCACAGAGCAGAGAAGAUCGUAUCAAAGCCAUCAGCAAGAUUUCCUCACUACAAGCAGUAAUACAGAGUUCCCAACUGAAAGAUAUGUUAUGGAAUCUUGGUUCACAAGAUAUGGCUUAUGGAAUGUGCAAGCCUAUCAAACUUGUCUAUCACCCAAGAGAGCCUUUCUUUGUUAUUAGAAUGCCAGAAAAGCUCAAAGCAAUAUUUCCCAUGCGAUUUAAGGACAAUUCAGAUGUGAUUCUUGCAACAUCAUUGUUUCAGGAACUCAUGGAUAUGGGCCAUUCAACAGCUUUUACCAAAGCACCACAUUGCACCUGGUCACCAAUCCCUCCUCCAGAGUUGCGAGGAGAACCUUUUGAAUAUUUGACCACUAAUGGAGGAUUUGUGUCUUUUGACAUUUUAUCACAUCACGUUAAAGGUGCAAAAGCAGAUAGAACUGUCUGGAUUCUAUUGAACUUCUAUGCCCAUGUGAAAUAUUAUGUAAAGUGUACCAGAGGUUUUAUCCACAGAAAAAUGAGGCAGCGCCUGGAAAGCCUGGCAGAGGUGAUGCAAAAUGCAAGGAUAAGAGAAGGCAGAGAUGAUAAGAAACUCCAAGACCCAGGUUGCAAAUGUGUGAAGAAAUUGAUGAGAUUCUCGAAGUCGAACAUCCUAAAAAGGAGAUGCAGCGCAAUUGCUAAUCAAAUCAAGAGGAUCCGCGCCCGGAUCAGAAUAAAAGGAUUGGACCGGUUCCGAAGGCAAUGGUUCAGGGUUCCUAAAUUCCCGUCCCUGAAAAAAUACAGCAAAUUGGAUUGAACAUAUUCGUCAUUUAUUGAAGGGAACAAAAACAAAUUUAUAUGUCAAAUUUCAUAAUUUUUAUCCAACAUUGAAGCCUUGUAGCUUCAUCAAGAAACCAAAAUAUAGAGAUUUAUCAGCUUUGUCGUUGAAACA